AACAAAAAAUUCAUUUCCACUCGUGUACAUCAUUUAACUGUUGCAACAACUCAUUAGGGUUUUGCAGAGCAACAGAGAGGUCUGGACACAAUGACUGUGUUGAGCUCCAAGCAGAUAUUGCAGGACAAUAAGACUACCGACCCAGACGCCAUUACAGCUCUUGCACUCAACCACAAAGCUCUUUCUGAUGUUUCAUGCUUGAGCGAAUUCAAGAACUUAGAGAGACUCGACCUGCGCUUCAACAAUUUAUCUUCACUCGAGGGUCUGAGGUCAUGUGUCAAUUUGAAGUGGGUAUCAGUUGUGCAGAACAAGCUUCAAAGCUUGAAAGGAGUCGAAGGACUUACUAAACUCACUGUACUGAAUGCUGGAAAAAAUAAGCUUAGAUCAAUGGAAGAGGUCAGGUCGCUUGUGAACCUGCGUGCUCUGAUUUUGAAUGACAAUGAGAUUGUUUCCAUUUGCAGGCUUGAUAAUAUGAAAGAAUUAAACACUCUCGUUCUUUCUAGAAAUCCAAUCCGUGAAAUUGGUGAGUCUCUGGCUAAGAUGAAAUCAAUCACAAAGUUAUCUCUUUCUAACUGUCAACUUCAAUCCAUUGACUCUUCACUCAAGUCCUGUGUUGAGUUGAAAGAGCUCCGACUUGCCCAUAAUGAUAUCAAGACUCUCCCUGCUGAAUUGGCUCGUAAUACAAAAGUUCAGAAUUUGGACUUGGGAAAUAAUUUGAUCACAAGUUGGUCAGAUCUGAAGGUGAUUUCUUCAUUAGUUAACCUGAAAAAUCUAAAUCUGCAAGGGAAUCCUGUUGCCGAAAAAGAUAAGUUAGCCAAGAAGAUAAAAAAAAUGGUGCCGAACUUACAGAUUUUCAAUGCCAGACCGAUAAAUCAAAACAUGAAGAAUGAGAAAGGUGAUAGAGUCGAUGAUUCUUCACUUAAUAUGGAUCUUGACAAGAAGGAAUUGAAGCAUAAGAAACAGAAAAGAAAGGAACUCUUUGAGGGAAAAGAUCCUGACCACAAGGGCAAAAGUGCCAUUACUGAGAAGGAAUUAAAGAAGAAGGUGAAGGAGGUGCCACAAAAGGAAGCCAAUGAUAUUGAUGAGGAAGAAACUCCAGUUACAGAUUCUGAUAUGAAGGAAUUGAAGCGCAAGAAGCAGAAAACAAAUGUCCUCCCGAAAGAUAAAGCUUCGGAUCCUAAGGAGGUUAGUGUUACGAAUGACAAUAAAAUAAAAAGGAAAUCAAAAAAGGUGCAACAAUAUGAAGCUAAUGUCAUUGACGAUGGAGAAACUCCGUUUACGGAUCUUUUUGCUGCUGAUACCACUGAAAAUGUCCAAAGAAGUGGCGCAAACAAGACAGAUGAUAAAGCUAUUCAGGAUGUCAAUAUGGUUGAUGGCUUAGUGACCUUCCCUGUAAAGAGAAAGAAAAUCAAAAGCCGGGGCAAGGGUCAUUCUGCUCUCCAGUUGCUGUCUCCAGCUGCUGAAGUUGGAUUAGGUGGACCAUCAACAUGGGAUGAUUAGUAAAUUAUUCUCGUUGGAGGCAAUUGAUUGCUGUGUGUAUGGCUGGGCCUCUUUGGCACAUUUUAAGUUGAAGGUUGGUAACUGUUGUUUUGGGACCUUUUCGCAUAGCUUGCCUUCUUGAUUAGGCUGCUUCAGUGAGACACCUCAAAUUCUCGCUGUGAUUGAAACCCAUAUAAUGGUAGUAGAGUGUUUGUAUGGAUGGGGCAGGGCAGUCUGUGGUUUUGUUCGUUAUCCUUCGACCGGAAAAUGCAGACUGAGAGUGCAAGUUGAUUUUCAUUCAAGGAGUGCAGAAGCCCCCAUCUGAACUCUUCUUUUUCCAAGGAUUCAAUUGCUUUAAAAAAAAACUUAUGGCAAACAAAAGAAGAGGAAAUUUUGAUUUAUACUGUUGACUAGAAAGGGAUGAAUCUUUUUUCUA